AUGAAAUCAUAUAUUAUAGAUAAAGACUUAGGUUAAGGAACAUUCAGCAAGGUCAAAUUGGGGAUCCACAAGCUCACUGGUGAAAAGGUGGCUAUAAAGAUCAUUGACAAGACCAAAUAACAAGAUUCUGAUUAUGUAAGGAUUCAUCGUGAGAUUUCGAUCCUGAGAAAACUAAGACACCCAAAUGUGGUGCAAUUAUUUGAAAUUGUCGAAAGUGACUCUAAGUUGUACAUUGUUACUGAAUAUGCUAGUGGAGGAGAGCUCUUUGACCAUAUAGUGCGCAAUAAACGUCUUGAAGAACGUGAAGCUGCUAGACUAUUCAUCUAAUUGAUACAUGCAGUUACUUAUAUUCACGAUCAUCAAGUCGUUCAUAGAGAUUUAAAACCAGAAAAUGUACUACUUAACGAAGGCACCCUCAAAGUGGUUGAUUUUGGAUUGUCCUCCACUUAUCAGCCUGGUCAGAAAUUGAAAACCCCUUGUGGGAGUCCUUGUUAUGCAGCUCCUGAAAUGUUACAGGGACUUUCCUACGAUGGCCUCUUUACUGACAUAUGGUCUAGUGGUAUCAUAUUGUAUGCGAUGAUUUGUGGGUAAUUCUAUCAAGUUAACUUCAGAUGUGUCCCUUUUGAAGAUCAAAAUACAAAGAGGUUAUAUGAAAAGAUCAAGACUUCCGAUUUCCAUUUACCCAAACAUGUUAGCUUAUAAGCAGGUGAUUUACUUAAGAAAUUACUAAUGAAGGAUCCAACAUAAAGAAUUACCUUACAAGAAAUCAAAAAUCAUGACUUCAUCAAAUUUGCUGGUUAAUAUUCAAUACCUCAUUCACUUAAGAUUGACAAUGAUAUCGUACAAUAAAUGGUAUAAUAUGGAUUGUCCAAUCAAUCAGAAAUCAUUGAAAUGAUUCAAAACAAUAAGCAUAAUCAAAUCACAACUACUUAUUACCUUUUACAAAAUAAAAACCCUUAAUCCCAAUAGCAAUUUUAAUAAUCAACAUUCAAUAAAAUUACACAACAACUUAUUUCUUAAAUACCACACAGUCAAAUCAAUGAAAAUACUCCAUACAUAUUUAAAAUAAAACUUAAGAGCAAAUCUCCUUAUCAACAAUAAGAAAAACAAAGCGAUGUUACAUUAGCACACAUUACGUCAUCUCCAAGAAAAAAUCAAUUAGAAAAUUCAAACAAUAUUUCUAUUACUAAAAAGAUACGAACCAAAACUAGAUCUCAAGAACCCAUUCAAAAACGUGAACCUUCUCUUAGCAAUCAAUAACCACUCACCAAAUAAACAAGACAAGUUUAAAUUGGAGAAUUCUUUAAGAAAACUGAUAGUGAUUAAUUUGUAAAUCAACCACGAUAAAGUUCCAUCCCUCAAGGAUAUAAUAAAUUUAUCAUCACUGAACGUGUCAGUAUGCAAAACAACACCUCCAUCUCCAAAAUACCCUCGAGAUAAGGAAGAUUAUCAUUCAAAAUAGAGCAAAAACCCUUGUCAACGUAACCUAAUGAGAGUAAUAAGGAUGGCAAACAUUAAAAAUCUACAUCAAACACAAAAAAACCAACUGAAAUCAGCUCCAAUUAGAAACUUUUACAAAUGGAUACUAUUGCUACACAAAUUUAAAAUAACAUUUAGAAUAGGUUUCUAAUUUAUAAAAAGAAAAUCAAACCAUGA